AUGCCAAAGUCAAAGUUAACUGGUCCUUGCUUUAUUCAUAAUUGUUAUAAAAAUUCUAACAAUUUUAGAUGUUUAUCUGAUAGAGCUAUAGAAAAAGCAACUUAUAAAGGAAAUCUUCAAAGAUAUCCUUAUUUACAACAAGGUCAACAAAUUUGUUUUCCCCAUUACAUGGCUAUUGUUAAAAAUCCUCCAUCUGUUAAAGAAAGAGAAGAAAGAGAAAAAGAAAUUAUUCAAUAUAUCAACCUAAUUGAAACAAAUAUCAUACCAGCAUUUUCAACAUCCUUUGACAUAAAUUUAUCAUUUGCGUGA